GUUUACUCUUGGUGCCUAAACACAGCUAAAGCCGUGGAGUUGUCGCUCCGUGGGUCUGAUGCUGAUGGAACAGUGAGCAUCUGCUUUCACUCCGGAUAUUUUCUUGUGCAGGAGAAUCUGAACAAAGCGGCAGGUGUUAACCAUGACAACAGACGAGGCAGAAAGUCACAAGAAGCCGGGGCAGCAGGAGGAAUCUGGCCAGGAUGCUCGGCCUCCCUCUCCAGAAGAUGAGCAGCUCCGGCCUCGAAACCGCAACUCUGCUGGUCGUGGCCUCUCGCGCCUUUUCUCCUCCUUCCUGAAAAGACGUUCGCAGUGUGAGAGUGAGGGGGGAGAGAAGGGGAACAAGGAAGAAGAAGAAGCCAAAGCCCCCAUUGCUGACCCUGAACCAGAACUGAGAACAGAAGGAGAAGUUGCUCUGGACCAGCACUCAGUAAGCAGCGCCGAGGUUCAGGCUGUCCAGGUAGAGACGAAAGAAGCUGAGGAGGAGACAGCUGGAAAGGAGAGGGUGAACGAGGAGAAGGGAGAAGUGGUGGCCCUUGAGAACGAGGAGGAGAAGGACUCUGGUCUUGAAGGAGGAAGUACAGGAGAAAAGGAGGAGAAGACGACAGAAGAAGAAGUCAAAGCCUCCAGAGCUCCACGCCGACCCAAGACCAUGCAAGUUACAAUCACCCUGCUGGAUGACACUCUCUUUGAGUGUGAGUUGGAGAAACAUGCCAAAGGCCAAGAGCUGUUCAUGAGAGUGUGUGACCAUCUCAACCUGCUGGAGAAAGACUAUUAUGGCCUGACCAUCUGGGAGUCGACCACCAUGAAAACUUGGAUGGACUUGACCAAGGAGAUCCGCAGACAGGUGCAAGGUGCCAACUAUAAUUUCACUUUCAAUGUAAAAUUCUAUCCACCGGACCCAGCCCAGCUCUCAGAAGACAUAACAAGGUACUACCUGUGUCUCCAGCUACGAAAAGACAUCCUGCAGGGCCGUCUUCCCUGUUCCUUUGUUACCCUGGCUCUGCUGGGCUCCUAUGCCCUGCAGUCGGAGCUAGGCGAGUACGACCCCGAGGUGCAUGGCAAAGAGUAUGCGAAGGACAUGAAAAUGGCCCAGGGUCAAACCAAGGAGCUGGAGGACAAGAUGAUGGAGCUUCACCGUACAUAUAGGUCAAUGAAUCCAGCCCAGGCGGACCUGAUGUUCCUGGAGAAUGCCAAGAAACUCUCCAUGUAUGGAGUGGACCUUCACCAAGCAAAGGAUCUGGAUGGUGUUGACAUCAUGCUUGGGGUUUGCUCUAGUGGGCUGAUGGUUUACAAAGACAAACUGAGGAUCAACCGUUUUCCCUGGCCCAAAGUCCUCAAGGUCUCUUACAAGCGGAGCAGCUUCUUCAUUAAAAUCCGACCAUCUGAGGUGGAACAGUAUGAGAGUGCAAUUGGUUUCAAACUACCCAAUUACAAGGCUGCGAAGAAGCUGUGGAAAGUGUGUGUAGAACAUCACACCUUCUUCAGGCUUACUUCUACUGAGAUGGUCACCACUCCUAGGAAGUUCCUGGUACUGGGCUCUAAGUUUCGGUACAGUGGUCGGACUCAGGCUCAGACCAGACAGGCAAGCUCUCUGAUUGACAGACCAGCUCCCCUGUUCCAGCGCUCCUCCAGCAAAAGGAAUUCGCGCAGCCUUGAUGGAGCAAUGGUGUCUACUCCUGACAACAAAUCCACCCGUCCAGUCAGUGCUCCUGUCAUGUCACCGGUAUCCCCCGGGGAGGCAGCCUCGUCACCAUUGCUGUCUGCCCUGCCUCACUCUGACCACCAUGAUGGCUCCACACCGAAAGGGCACCGCUGUGCAGACAGGAAGGCAGACUUAAAGGUGGAAUGUCUGCUAGCUGAGUACACCAAGAGCCACAGCCCAAAACCAGGGCUCACUCCAGAUAUCAAGACAGUGGCCAGGAAAGAGCGGAAGCACUCCCCCUCUUUGGCCAUCACCAAUGGGGAAAGAGAGAAAAAAAGCCAGCACUCUCUUCAGGACAAAAAGAUGGAGAUGGUGCGAGUGAGGAAGAAGAGAGCUAAGAAACUUGAGGGUGAAACUAUUUAUAUCAGACAUAGCAAUUUAAUGCUGGAGGACCUGGAUAAGACUCAAACAGAGAUCAUGCGUCACCAUACCAGCAUCAGUGAGCUGAAGAGGAGUUUUAUGGAAUCAGUACCAGAGCCACGGCCCAGUGAGUGGGACAAGCGUCUUUCCACCAACUCACCUUUUCGCACAGUGAGCAUCAAUGGCCAGCUUCAACCAGCGUCUCCGGUGCAAAAGACCCAGACAAUCACCAUCUCAGACAUCACCAACUCCCUCAGAGGAACUGUGAGCUACAAGGACAUCCCCUUAGUUCACACUGAAACCAAGACCAUCACAUACGAGUCAGCACAGCCGGUGGACAGCCUGGCAGAGAGGGAAUCAGGAGUUCUGCUCAGUGCCCAGACCAUCACCUCCGAGACCAUCAGCACCACCACCACCACCCAGAUCACCAAGACCGUGAAAGGAGGGAUCUCUGAGACUCGCAUUGAAAAGAGAAUCGUCAUCACUGGAGACACUGAAAUUGAUCAUGACAAGGCUUUGGCUCAGGCCAUUAAAGAGGCAAAAGAACAGCACCCAGAUAUGUCUGUUACCAAAGUGGUUGUGCACCAGGAAACAGAGAUCACCCCAGAGUAGGAUCUACUGAUCCUUUUGAAGGCUUCUCAGCUGCCCCCCUCUUUGUCCUUAAUGUGUCUCCAUCACAGCAUUUACCUCAGCACCCCCAACCACCAAGCUGUCCUGCCUUCAUGAUGAAGCACCAGACCACACCAGAGGGAACAAACGUCAAAGUUGAACAUGAACUUUAACCUCUAUGAGUGUGAAGUUUGGCCUGAAGGAGUCACCAGAAAAUUCCUGAGAUCCCACUCAGUAUUCCCCACAAUCCCUAACUUGUUCCAUUUACUGCUAAAAGAGCAACUGCUGGAAUUACAAAUAACAGAUCUUUUUUAAAGAGGAAAAAAAUAAAGUACAGCAUUUGUGGAUAUAUUAUUCUCCAGUUUGUGUGGAGAUUUUAAGAAAAUAAUGAGGGCAUUUGGUCUUUUAAACUUGAGAUUACUGGUACUUUAUUUUUCUACAGCUUUUCUUACCAUCAGAAUUGGUUAUCAGUAACUUGGGAGUCAAGUGUUUUUUAACAAUGUGUUCCAAACUUCCUUGACAAAGGGAUUGUGGGUGAUUUUUCGUGAAAUUUUACAUGCUGGGACUCAAGAAUCCCUUUAAAAUUUCAGUGCAAGUUUGGUGUCAUUCCUUGUACAGUAAAUAUUUUAUUUUCCCUCUCAAUGUUACAAAAAAUAUUUUUUCAAUUUAUGUAUAAAAAUGUGAUUUUAUCAGAGCAGGGGGAUGACUUCUUUCACCUUAUUUAAAGUUUUGACUAAUCGUUUGUAAAGUGAUCUUUACAUCUUUUGAUUGUUUUUGUUGUUGUAGUGCUUUUCACUGAAACUGAUGGCUGUACUACGAAGCCAGAUCGGUGGGUUAGCGAGGAUUGUUGGGCUUAAAGUCAGAGGUUUCAGUGUAGUGAAGGUGGCUCUCUUUUAACCUGAUAGAUCUCGAUUGGUAACAGAUGCUGUGAAGCUGACCUGGUGCAGAUCAGAUCACGUUCAGAGUUUAAAUUUAAAUCGGCUGGAAGAAGCAUUUCCAUUUUAUCCAAAUCGUUUCCUUUAUGAUUCUUUAUGAGCGAUACAGAUUCUCAGCUGAAGGAAUAUGUUAAAUCGUCAAACCUGUUGAGCUUUAUAUCACUAAAACCACUAAAUGAAGUUUGGAGAAUGUAGUUACAGUAUGGGAAACUGUAUGAAUCGCACUGCCAUGGAAACCUGAAAUGUAUUCGGCUGGUGACACAGAAAUCACAGAUAUUUUUUUAUCUCUGUUUGGUCCUGAUUUGCUGUCAAGUCCAUUUACACUACUGGUACAGCAGCUGAUGGAACAAAGAUUAGAUAAUUGAUUAUAUUAUUGGUAUUUAUUACAGCGAUUGUGCUGUCAGUAACAUUUUCAGUUUGAUUUGGCCAAAAAUUUAAGUGAUAUCCUGCAUUAUGGGACAGAGUCAGAAAUAAAUGCACUUCAAUACAAUAUCAUGUUUGAAAAUAUGAAGUUUAAAAUUUAACAGCUCUAAUGUGCAGCUGUCAGAAACAAUCAGCUGCAUUGAUCGAUAAAAACAAACAAUUAACAGUUUUCUACCAGCAUUUGCUGUAGCAGUGUUUUUAUCGUCACAAAUUUUAUAAUUGUCAUAGUUCUCCAUUAAAGCAGGCUGUUGACUGAAGUAGGCCAGACAUGAUUGGUCCAUUUUGUGCAGAAGAAGAGUCACAUGAUGCAUUUAACUCCCCAUUUUGUGUGAAGGCACACGGAGUGUGAAGCAGAAAGUAUGAGUUAACAAAGAAAGUUGAUAACCACCUUCUGAUACCUGUCAUCUCUGACUGGGGUUUUAGUUCUUGUUAAGCCAACUUAUACAAAGAAAGCCUGACUGUGUAGAACUUGCUUCGAGGUACAGCACUCUGGUUGUUGUCAGGAUAACAGAGACUGCAGUGUACUGAAAUGACCUUUUCUUUAUUUAUUCCCACCUCAGUCUUCUUUUUGUGUGUUUUGUGUUUUAGAUAUACUUAGCACAAUAUGUGACUUCAUGAUUUGUAUUAAGAGCAUUCAAGUCAUCUGAGAAAGUUUUAGACAUUUCACACAGCAUGACAUCAACAUCUACAGUGUCCCUCUAAUUUCCAGUUUUAAUCCAAAUGGGCAGUAUGUACUUACCUAGAAACAUGAAAUUCCAAUGGCAAGGAAUUCAGACAUUGCAGAUGAUAGAUUUCCACCUUCUUGACUGAAAAUAAAGAGAUAAGCACAGGUUGAGAGCUACCACAUUAAACUGCAAAUAGCUUUGAACUGUAGUGUCUCUAGGUCCUCUAACCUUGAAAAUAUGACCCACUUUGUAAAAAAAAACAUCAUUCCAGAGCAGCCUGUCCUGACAUAAAUACAAUAUUUACAUUUUUAAAUCAAAUUUAACCAUGAAAAAGAAUCUUGGUCAUCUUUGAUCUCAGAAAUUAGCUGUACCAUUAGAGGUUUUCCCUCAUAGAUAGGGCUGUAGUAGUGAAAGAAGCCUACCUAUAAAUUACCUUAUCAUGGCUGCUGUAUUGCAAGACCAACACAGGCCAGAAAUCUGGCCUACCUGCCUCACUUAAAAUCAGUCUUAAAUAAACAUGUAAACAACAUACAACAAUACAUUACAUAUUAUACAGUGUUGAAGUGUUUGUGAGAUGCUGGGCCUGGUUCUGAAACAAUCUCGCCCCUUUUUCCUUUUCAGAUUUUUUAUUCACAUUUUAUUUUAGUUUUUUUUAUUUUCUAUUUAUUCAUGCUCCUACCUUCACUGAUCCAUUCUGAGCUUUUCCAUCUCUUUAGUAUACUCUUCCCUUACCUCUUUAUUCACUUUAAUGUUCUUUAUGAAAACCUUAGUUUUAAAAGUCCUGUAGAGCAGUAAGGAGUAGUCAUAAAUUUUGUUUCAGUGUUACAGUAGAUGUGGAUUGUGUUGUGGAAAAACAGGUUAUGAGCUGUGGAGUUACUGUAAAGUCAGCCUAAACUACCUAUCAGCUGAUAGACUGAUAAGGUGUACAGUUAAAAUGUUGAGUAAAAAUAACUCCAAGACCUCAUUGAAGAUCUUUUAACUAAGGUCUUAUUUUGAAAUUUUCCACUUGAAACGUGACUUGUUUUUAAAUUGUUUUAAUUGUUCGGUUUUUGUAGCUGCUAGAUAGAUACCAUAUUUUCCCACAACAUUAAACUGGUAGUCCAAAAGUACUGUAAUUAGCACUAUAAAAGCUGUGGAGUGAUGAAUGCAAUGUCAAAUUUUUAGAAGAGGUAUAUUUUAUAUUCAGUGGAGUGAAGGAAUAAGGGGAGAAGAGACAGGAGUGAGGGAGAAACUCAGUAUGCACAGAAAAAUCUAAAGUAAUUGUAACUGAUCUAAAGAAAAACAUGAAGAAGGCAAAGAGACAGAAAGUAAUUCACAACCAGCCCAGGACAAAAAACUGAAAAGGUCUAACAGUUUGUCAAGGCACAAUCUAAAUUGGAACACGUACAAGACAUUACAUUGGAACCUGCUAACAGAUAGUUUACAUGUGUCUGUGUUGAACAGACAUACCCCUACAUUUUGCUUUUUGUAUUUUGUGGUGAGUCUCUUUUUUCAAGAUGUUUUUGCUGAGCUAUAUCCUUUGGAAAUUUCAGUGCUAUAGUUAGUUCGCUUUAUAUUUUAAUAGCAAGGGUGCUGACAGUAUUCUUGAAUAAAAAAAUGUAUGUAACAGGUAUAUCAUGAUCAUUUUAAAAUGAUUAAUCUCGCCUUGUUAGUCUAAAAAUUGGAAAAUUACAAAUUCAAUGGUUGUUGCUGAUAAUUUAACAAUAUGUACAUCUACGAAGCCAAAGUUAACCUCUUGAGUACAUACUGCCCACUCAAAUCAGAUCAGUAUCACUAUGGCAUACAUUGUUUAUAUUUUGAUUUUCAAACAUUAUACUUUUACUUUUCCAUCUUAUCCUGUACUGUACUCCCAACAUGUGUUCUAUGUUCUUUCACUGUGCUGUCAUCUUCAUUGUGGCACUCCUUUGUCUCUUCAUGAACAUGCAAACUAGCAUUUCUAAGUUCUUUCUUAAUUGUGAACCCUUACUUCGCCAUCAUGGGAAGACAUGUAAAGAGCCACAUGCACAAAAUAAAUACUAAUGUAGACAUGCA